GCGACACAGUGCCACGCAAGAUUGUACCACCAUUACUAUCGUCAGCUUCACUGGAAUCAGCAACACCACUCCUGGUCACAGCAGUCUCUUCAGCAGUAGCGACACCCGUGAUAUCUGGUGGGAUUGUCGUCGUAGUCGUUGUGGGAGGAUUCGACCUUGUCCUCUUCAGCUCAGCCGCCUUCUUGGAUCGUCGUGAGGCAGAUUUUACCUUGGCUUGUCGUGGUUUGUGACCUCUCCUUCGCAUUCCCUCAUUCAGGCUGAUGAUGCGGUUGCCUCCUGGGAGCUAAAAAAUCCCAGCAGUGACGUCGAUGGUAGUAUAGGCGGCCGCGCAGGUUCGGGUCGGCAGUCGUGCAUGCAUCCGCUGUGGGAGCCCUCGACGAGAUAAAAGAGCAACCUUCCUUUCUCCUCCCCUAGCACAUCAAAAACAUGAGACGAAAAUGGGCCACAAGUGAAGUCAAAGCAAUGGCUGGGCUGCGUGUGAUGAUGGAUGGGUCUGAGCAGAGGCUGAAACGGGCGGCGGUUGUCCUGGUCUGGUCUGUCUGGGGAAUUAGACUGGCAAAAACCUUGGAAGGGGGGAUCGUGGUGUCGGGUGCGAGAGAGAGAGAGAGAGAGUGUGUGUGUGUGUGUGUGUUGUGUGUGUGAUGACUGAGUUUGGUUUGGUUUGGUUUGGUGUGUGCGUGUGCGUAGAGGUGGGUGGAAUUCGAAAUUGGGAAUCAGGAAGCGCGCGUCGCCCGGUGGGUGGGUUUAGAAGUUGGCAGCAAACACCCCAGUGGCCCGAAAGGGGACUAUGACGUUAUGCUGCUGGUCAAGGCGGCGGCGACAUGCGAGACAACGCGAACCCUUGCGAGACGCCCUGACUGCCGGGACUGACAGAUUGAUGACCUCUCCGAUACAGAUUACACUACGUAUCUUACCGAUAACUACACUUGCCCUUUGGAUACGAACUGAGUGCCUCUGGCUUUUCUCUCAACAACUGAUGCCUUUUCACAAGAUAUGGAGGCAGUGAGUGGGAGCAUUGGGUCGGGUUGCACAUCACAUUUAUUAAAGCUGGCCGGUGGGUAACAGGGCCCUCGCAGGGAGGAUGGCGCUUCGUGCCUUGCUUUCACUUGCUCGGUGCCACUGCCCCAUGUCGCUUCCUCGGCCAGGUGUCCGCUGCCGCCGUGGUUAUGUAUAUGGGGGUCCUCUCCCCCCCCCCCUCCCCCCAACCCCUCUCUCCCUCCCAUCCGAUGGACGGGAUGCCAGAUUGACUCGAUCAGGGUCCAAUAAUGCAUUGACAAGACGUGGCUGAGGGGUCCUGUACAAUGAGCUGGCCAGACUACUGGGACCAAUCUGACAAAGUGAGGCCAUUUCGGCCUCCAGAGGCUGCAAGAAAUACGCGCGCUCGGGGAUACGAUUGGACAGGUGUCGAGGUCGAUAAUGUCGCUUCCAGCGGAAUUUGGCAUUUCAGCUGGCAUUUUCUGGGGAAACUAGGACGAACGCAGCAGCAAGCAUAGCACAACAGCACAACAGCGCACAGCAAAGGGUACAGCACACAUUACUCCGUACACCACAGCAAACGGCACAAGUCACUCUUACAGGAAGGAAGGAAGGCUUCUGCAGAUUGCAGUUCCGUCCCGUCGGCGACCAUGGCUUGCUCCCCGAUCCUACGCAGUACAAAGUACGCAGUUACGCACCCCACCUCGCAUGCCCCCUCCCUCAAUCCCACCGCCUCGAGUCGAUAUCCCGGAGCUUCCAUAUUGGGCCGACUCCCCGGCUCUCACAAGCUUUAAAAAGGUACAAAAGAUCGACUGAACUAUGCAAGGAAUCAUCGAACCAAAUCGUGAUCGCAAUCGUCGAUGGUGCUUGACAAGUGGCGGCACGGACGGUUAUGACCGAGUGACCCAAAACCCAAAAUCCCCCGGUCCCGUACCUUCUCCAAGAUGGGAAAAUUUCUUUUGGGCUGAUUUGAUCCCGCUGACGACCCAUGGAAGAUUUCCAUAUCGGAUCCCCCAGUGGAACAUUACGUCAACGGCGCCAGGGAUAACCGAUGAGAGGGCGGGGCAACCAUGCGCUGCAAGGGCACGGCCGGCCUGAUUCGUCGGUUUGGGUACAAGCCUCACACCGUGCUGAGACACGUCUUUCGCACAGUCCUGCAGUUGUGCCUGACCACAUCCUCACUUUUUUAUAUUUCAGAAAACCUCGCUGCCUCGUUCGCAGGAAAAUCGGCAGCCCGGCAGCCUCAGCGGGCGUUUUGAUCCGGGAGAUUUCUUGGCCAUCUCCCGAUCGAUUGGAACCACCGAUCUGAUGACCGACGUCGGGGAAUGCUUACAUAGUGACGGGUGGUGGUGUGAGGUGGUGGUGGUGAAGAAUUUUGCAAUAUAUCAACACAGCCUCACGUGGACAGGACCAUGAUCCGACAAUUCGUCAUCAUCAUAUCCAUGCCGAACCAUGGAGACCUGCGUCGACGACCUCUAAUGAACCAGCAUGUCUGGUACCGGUGAGGUUGUGAUUAAAAAAGUCUCUCAUUCAAAAUAAAAACUAGGAAAAUCCAUCGGUCAUUUUCCUGGCCGGUGGGGGCCAAGACCCGUUGGUGCUGCGCUGCACUAUCUACCGGCCGGACUUGAGCCGGAUAAUUCUAACAGAGCCGGAGGUGUGGGUCGCCUUUCUGGCAGCGCCCGCAGCCGAUAGGCCCCACUAUUUUCGGAACCAUAUUUUACGUUUCCAUUGGUCACGUCAGUUUCAUGCUGCCCCACUGAAUCUGCGAGGCUGCUGCGGGUUCCUGAGCUUCUCAAGUAACCUUCGACAGCCUCGCCGUCCUAUCUCCAACUGCUCAACAUACAAAUUUAUCACGAACCCCACGAUGGCCGACUCCGACGACGAAUAUGUCGGGGACCUCUCUGGUGACGAUGCCGGAGUCGACAGCGUCUACGGUACACGAUCGAAAGAUGGCGGAAAAGGAAAAGGUGGCCAGAAGGGCAAGGGAACCCGCAAAGCAGCCUGGGAAGAAGUCCACCGAGCCUGGGACGAGGUUGCCAUUGCCGAAGAUGGCAGCAUCACAGUGGCCGAGUUGAUCGAGGCCGAGAAACGCCGGCGGUUGAUGCGGGAUACCACACCGAUCCAGCGUGGAAUAAUACGGCACAUGGUGUUGGUGUUGGACAUGAGCAUCGCGAUGGCAGAGAAGGACCUGCUUCCGAACCGCUUCGCCCUCACCUUCUCCUACGCUAUGGAAUUUGUGAACACAUUCUUUCAGCAGAAUCCAAUCAGUCAGCUGGGGAUCAUCGGGAUGCGCGAUGGUAUUGCCGUCAGGAUCAGCGACAUGAGUGGGAACCCAGUCGAGCACAUUGAGAAGCUGAGGCAGUGGGCGCUUAAGGACCCUAUUGGGAACCCAAGUCUUCAAAAUGCCCUCGAAAUGUGUCGAGGUCACUUAUACCACACCCCCUCCCACGGCACCCGCGAAGUCCUCAUCAUCUACGGCGCCCUCCUCUCCUCGGACCCAGGCGACAUCUCCGACACCAUCACCUCCCUCAUUGCCGACCGCAUCCGCGUCUCCAUCAUCGGCCUCGCCGCCCAGGUAGCCAUCUGCGCCGAGCUCUGCGCCCGCACAAACGACAACGACGACUCCCAAUACCGCAUCGCCCUCCACGAGCAGCACUUUCGCGAGCUCUUCCUCGCCGCCACGACACCCCCCGUCACCCACGAGGCAGAGCAAUCAAACGCCUCCCUCCUCAUGAUGGGCUUCCCCUCCCGCUCCCUCGCAUCAAAAGAUUUUGUCUCCCUCUGCGCCUGCCACAACAAACCAACAAGAGAAGGGUACACCUGCACGAGGUGUAGAAUCAAAGUCUGCCGGUUACCCGCGUCUUGUCCCGUUUGCGGACUGACGCUGAUAUUGUCCAUUCACCUGGCGAGAUCGUAUCACCACCUUUUUCCCCUCAAAUCAUGGGUGGCGGUUCCGUGGACAGAAGCAAAGAAGUCGGUGGCGUGUUUUUCCUGCCAGACGCCCUUCCCGCCUGUCCCGAAGGCUGCGCCGCCAAAGAUCAAGUUGAAGGUGAAGGAGUCUUCCGGUGUUGGGGGGCAGACAGCAGCCAAUAUCGCCAAGGCAAAAGGCAGAGGGGAGGUGCCUGCAAAGACGAAUACUGUAACGGCACCGACGCCAGGGUUGUUGCCAGAGGCGAUCAAGGCCGGGGUGAGCGAGAGCGGGAGGUAUAAAUGUCCAGUGUGUGAGGAGCAUUUUUGCAUUGAUUGCGAUAUUUAUGCCCACGAGACGAUUCAUAAUUGUCCGGGGUGUUUGGCGAGGCUGGUGAAGAGUCAGCAGCAACAACAGGAGGAAGUAGUAGGGGCAGGGGAGGCGAUGGAGGUGGAUUCAUGAUUAUUAACAGGACAUUGAACUGAGAGCGUCAAACGGGCAUAAAUGGUAAUUAGCGAUUUGUUUAUAUUGGUUUUUGAAACGGCGUAUCUGGUGGUUAUUGAAAACAGGACAACAAAGCUAUGGGGUCGGGUUAGCGAGUGAAGAUGGGAGUUUGGAGACUCAUGCAGGGAUCAAAAGCAGAGAUACUAAUCAUCAUGAACUGAAGUGAGAAUGAUGGGUAUCUGAUGCUCAUGUGGUCAUCAACAGGGUGAUAUAUAACUCGCAGAUAUGUAACUUCCUCAACCAUCCAGCCGACCGUAACUCCAA